AAAAGAAUUCAUCUCUUCUGUCACCACCUCAGUAUAAAAGUCUGUGCUCAGGUAAUGCUCGUCCCAACUGACUGGCAGAAAAACCCACACACAAGGAUCAAGCUCCACCAUGGUGCGCAAUGUAGCAGUGAUCGGGGCAGGCCCCUCCGGUCUGACCAGCAUGAAGGCUUGCCUGGAUGAGGGCCUGGUGCCAACAUGCUUUGAAAGCAGCGAUGACUUAGGCGGACUGUGGAAGUUCAAGGAAGUGUCAGAACCCAACAGGGCCAGUAUCUACCGUUCCCUCACCAUCAAUAUCUCCAAGGAGAUGAUGUGCUACAGUGACUUUCCAAUCCCUGCUGAUUAUCCCAACUACAUGCAUCACUCUAAAAUCCUGAACUACUUCAGGAUGUAUGCAGAACAUUUCAAACUGCUGCAACACAUUCGCUUCCAGACCUCAGUGAAGUGUGUCAGACAGUCAUCAGACUAUUCUCGUACUGGUAAAUGGGAAGUGGUGACUGAGAAUAGAGAUGGACAGGAGGAGAGGCACAUCUUUGAUGCAGUAAUCUGCUGCUCUGGUCAUUACACCUACCCUAACCUGCCACUCAAAGACUUUCCAGGAAUUGAGACAUUUGAAGGGAAAUACUUCCACAGCUGGGACUACAAGGGGCCUGAAGACAUGUACGGGAAGAGAGUGGUGGUCAUUGGCAUCGGUAACUCGGGCGGCGACAUCGCUGUGGAGAGCAGCAGAGUGGCAGAGCAGGUGUAUAUGAGCACUCGUCGUGGGGCCUGGGUCAUCCGUCAGGUUUCUGACAACGGCCUGCCAGUGGACAUGAAGUACAACACGCGCUUUGUCCACAUCUUGUUCCAGCUGUUGCCAAUUAACGUCCUCAACUGGAUUGGUGAGAAGAAACUCAACGCCAUGUAUGACCACACCAUGUAUGCCCUCAAACCCACACACAGACUCUUCAGUCAGAUCCCAGUGAUCAACGAUGACCUGCCUUUAAAGAUUCUGUCUGGGUCGGUCGUUCUCAAACCAAAUGUGAAGGAGAUCAGUGGCUCCACCGUGGUGUUUGAUGAUGGCAGCAUUGUGGAGAAGGUGGACACGAUUGUGUUCGCCACAGGUUACAGCUAUGAUUUUCCGUUCUUGCCGAGAAAUGCUAUGUACAAGUCUGGGCACCGUGUGGGUCUGUACAAGCAUGUUUUCCCCCCCGACAUGGAGCAUCCCACUCUGGCUGUUGUGGGUUUCAUCCAUGCCCUUGGAGCCAUCAUGCCCCAGGCUGAGAUGCAGGCCCGCUGGGUCACACGUGUCAUGAAAGGACAUAAAAAACUGCCAUCAAACCAGGCCAUGAUAAAGGCUGUUGAGAAGGACACCAAGGAUAUGGAGAAAAACUAUAUUGUGUCCAAGUUGACUCCCCUGCAGGUGGACUUUGUUUCCUACAUGGAUGAAAUAGCAGGAGAGAUUGGGGUGCGGCCAAGUCUGCCCUGGCUCUUCUUCACAGACUACCCACUGUUUAAGAAGGUUCUGUGGGGACCUGUCACAGCUUACCAGUACCGGUUGAUGGGACCAGGGAAAUGGGAUGGAGCCCGCAGAGCAAUCUUCACCCAGUUUGACCGCAUGUACCAGCCCCUAAAAACCAGACAGCUAAAGGAGCAAGAUGCCUCUAUCGCUGGCCGCCUGAUAAAGUUGAGCCUGACCGUCAUGGCUGGAGGAGCUUCUAUCUAUUACAUCCAUGUGCACAACCCAAACACCAUCCCCACCCUCCUGUCCAAGCUCCGUCCACAAACAAUCUAAACCUGCUCCAUCAAUUAAAUGAUGUGGGAAAAAAACCCUGAAACACACAAAACAAAUACCAAAUAUAUUGUUUCUAGAUCCCUUGAGAAAUCUAGUUCAAUAUACUCCUCUUCGGGUUGUGAUUAUGGGAAUGAUUGUUAGAGUCACUGUCUGAGCUACUGAUUAUUGCUAGCAGUCUUACUGUAUCUACAUAUAUAUUUCGUUUAUUUAAAUGCCUAAACCUUUUAUAUGGCAACUGUUUAAAAAAAAGUUACAAAAUAUGUUUUACAGGAAACAUAUUUGAAAUUUGGUGGAUUGUUAAAGUUCCUGCACAACAACCAGAUGUAUUUAUGUCAUAUGUUACUUUAAGCCAACAUGAACGUGGAGUGUUUAUCCUGUGUGAAUAAAAUAUAUUA